AUGUCUGGUCCUACACGUAAACAUAGGUAUAAAAAUGUUGGCAUGGAUUCACAAGAAUUAAGACGCAGAAGGGAAGAAGAGGGAGUACAGUUAAGAAAACAAAAAAGAGAACAGCAGUUAUUUAAAAAAAGAAACGUCGUUUCUGCAGGACACCUAGAAGAUGAUCAGGUGCAUAUGAAAAACUUAUUUUUUAUACUUAAGGGAGGAGAUAUGAACUCAUCUAUGACUAAUUUAGGAAUUACUGAAGAAACGAUUGCAGCAUUAUAUAGUGACAAUGCUGCUAACCAAUUAGCUGCGACACAAAUGUUUCGAAGGUUGCUAUCGAAAGAGCCAAACCCGCCCAUUGAAGAAAUUAUUCAAACUGGAAUUGUUCCUCAAUUUGUACAAUUUUUAGAUAAUUCUGCUAAUUCAACAUUACAGUUUGAAGCUGCUUGGGUUCUUACUAAUAUUGCAUCUGGAACUAGUGAUCAGACUAAAGUUUUAAUAGAUGCUGGAUCUGUACCAGUAUUUAUAAAACUAUUAAAUUCAGAACAUGAAAAUGUAAGAGAACAAGCUAUUUGGGCACUUGGAAACAUAGCCGGAGAUUCACCUGCUUUUAGAAAUUAUCUAUUAGAUGCAGGAAUACUUGUACCUCUUUUACAAGCUCUAGGAAAGUCAAACGUGUUGUCAAUGACUAGAAAUGCGGUUUGGACUUUGUCCAAUUUGUGCCGCGGAAAAAAUCCUCCUCCCGAGUUUAGUAAAGUGAGCCAUUGCUUACCGGUUUUGAGUCGCCUUUUAUUUCACAGUGAUGCUGAUGUUCUUGCAGAUGUUUGUUGGGCGAUAAGUUACCUUUGCGAUGGGCCCAACGAAAAAGUACAAGCCGUUAUAGAUUCGGGAGUAUGUAGAAGAUUAGUAGAAUUAUUAAUGCACAAAGAAACGAGUGUGGUGACACCAGCUUUGAGAGCCAUCGGUAAUAUUGUUACCGGUGAUGACAUGCAAACUCAAAUUAUUCUCAAUUGUUCUGCCCUCCCGUGUUUAUCAUAUUUAUUAAAUAAUGAAACGGAUUCAAUUUGUAAAGAAACUUGUUGGACUAUAUCGAAUAUUACCGCUGGAAACAGGCAACAAAUACAGGCCGUUAUCGAUGCUAAUAUUUUUCCCGUAAUUGUGGAUAUUUUACGGAAGCGUGAUUUCAAAACGAGAAAAGAAGCCGCAUGGGCAAUAACAAAUGCGACAAGCGGCGGAACUGCCGAACAAAUUCGUCACCUUGUUGAUCAGGGUUGCAUACCUGCUCUGUGCGAUUUACUAAGCGUAACCGAUGCUAAAGUUUUACAAGUUGCAUUGAGCGGUCUCGAAAAUAUAUUAAGGGCUGGAGAACAAGAUGCAACAUCCGCUAAUUUAAAUCCAUAUGCAGUCGCCAUUGAAGAAUGUUAUGGUUUGGACAAAUUAGAAUUUUUGCAGUCUCACGAAAAUAGAGAAAUUUAUCAAAAAGCAUACGAUAUAAUAGAACAUUAUUUUGGUACGGAAGAAGAUCACGCCGUAGCACCGUCGAUCCAACAGGAUUCUCAACAAUUUCAAUUUACCGAUCAAAGCGUUCCAAUGGGAGAAUUUCAAUUUUAA